AUGAUGCUGGGCGACCCGGCGGCCUUGGAGGAGCCUCCUCCGGCGGCGGCCUCGGCUCUGCGGAGCGAGCUGGGCUCGCACCUGCACCUGCUGAAGGGGCUGAACGUGCGCUUCCGCUGCUUCCUGGCCAAGGUGCACGAGCUGGAGCGCCGCAACCGCCUGCUGGAGAAGCAGCUGCAGGCCGCGCAGGUGGGCGAGCGCGAGCGCCGCCUCCGCUACCGACGCUUCCCCAGGCACCAGGCCGUGCAGACCGACCCGGAGACGCCUCGGGGGGCCGCCGCCGCCGCCCCGUCCUCCUCCUCGGCUGCUUCUUCCGCUUCUGCUUCUGCUUCUUCUUCCUCCUCGGCUGCCUCCGCCUCGCCUUACGGCCGCCUGCCCGGCACCAUCUGGAGCUACACGCAGGUGCGGCGGACGGGAGGAGGCGGCCUCGAGACCCUGCAAGGGCCCGGCGUCUCCUGGGUCCACCCGGACGGCGUGGGCGUCCAGAUCGACACCAUCACGCCCGAGAUCCGCGCCCUCUACAACGUCCUGGCCAAAGUCAAGCGCGAGAGGGACGACUACAAGGGCAG